UAGAAAACAAAAGCAUAAGGUGAUUUUGUGCGAACUAGUACAAAGGUUUGGAAGUGCUCAGAGUAGAAUUCCGGCGAAGAAGAAAAAAAUGGGAGUUGAGAAGCAAAUCAUAAGACCUGGAACCGGUCCCAACCCUAGCCGCGGCCAGAGCGUCACCGUUCACUGCACCGGUUACGGUAAAAACGGUGACCUAUCUCAGAAGUUCUGGAGCACCAAGGAUCCUGGCCAGCAACCAUUCACUUUCAAAAUCGGCCAAGGUUCUGUCAUCAAAGGAUGGGAUGAAGGUGUCCUUGGCAUGCAACUCGGCGAAGUUGCUCGUCUUCGGUGCUCUCCUGAUUAUGCUUAUGGUGCCGGUGGUUUUCCUGCCUGGGGAAUACAGCCCAACUCUGUCUUGGAGUUUGAGAUCGAGGUCUUAAGUGCACAAUGAAAACCGAAAAACUUUUUAGUCUUUCCUAUGGUAAAUUAUUAGUAUGAGUUGAGUAUCCUCUAUUUCCUUGGACAUGUUUAAUUGUAUCGUUGCGCUAUGAAUGAUAUCUACCGAGGUUGAGUUGUUAGAACUUGAAUGCUAAAUAAAACUCCACUGGUCUGAAACUCUUCAGUAUUAAUAUUUGCUACCUUUUACUA